GGUUUACGUUCCUGUGACGUAGUUCAGUGAUUCUGCUGUUCAACAGAGCAACUGGCUAAUAGUUGGCUCCGGCAUAUGGGCGGCCCUAUUUCAGUGACUAUAAUCAACCUGACAAACUUUGCCGACGUACUGUUAGUGCAACUUGCAGAGUCUGACAGAUAACUGAGAUGUACGAGCCAGCUUUGGACGAUCACAAAUCCGUGCAACCUAAUACCGGGUCCAACAUGAGUGAGGAUGUCCAGCAGAAUGGUGGAGAAUUCGAAGACGACCUGGAGCCAGAAGACAUGUAUGUGAAAGACAGGAGGAGAGCGAAAUCUCUGCCCGCAUAUCCAGAACAAGCAAGCCUCUUCAACGAAAUCUCACAGAAUUGCAGGAAAAGAGUAAAAUUUGCUGAUGCCCUGGGCUUAAAUCUGGCCAGUGUUAAACAUUUCAGUACCACUGAAGACCCAGAAAUUCCCUCCACGGUAUUGAACAGGCUCAAAAGUUUCCCUCCGCAACAAGACCGAGAGUUUCUUAGUGACUUGUGCGGCAGCUUCAAAUCUACACUGACGAUGAACCGCCUCAUACCCACCUUCAAGAUGCCAGUUGAGUCUCGCGACUUUGAGACACGGGUCAAGCAAUAUUACAUCGCCCUGGAAAAUAUUACAAUAACUGAAUUUGAUGUACGCGGACAGAUACGAGCGCUUAUCCUGGGGUCCACUAAGAAGGAGGUCGGUGUAAGAUACACAUUUAACGAAUGGCUGUCAUUUGUAGACGCACAAGCGAUUCCCUUGCCCUCUGAGGACAACGUGGUUGGGGAGAGAUUCUCUUUCACGAUGUACACACCCCCUUUCUUGGAUCCAAACGCAUAUGUACAUUUCGCAGUGUAUUCUCGGACAGACGACUGCGAGUUUUGGGACAACAACGAGGGUAAGAACUAUUCACUUAAGUAUCAGUGUCUGUCACCCUUCGAGUCAACGCCUCUGCACACUACCUGAACCAAACUGUCCCGGCUUUUACGCCCCUUCAUUCUCUGUGAGAGCGACAUUAUUAAACCAUGUGCCCAUUUUCUGUUCCUGAGAGUUUGACCAAUUGUUUUUUCUGCUGUAUGAGACAGCAGAGUAUGGAGUUUUGCAGAUCAUCAACAACUGGGCUGACAUGAACUGACAGGCGUAUUUUGGUUACGCCCAGACUGAAUUAGUGCAAUAAGAGCGGUAUUUCCCAUGCACCAUCUAAUGUCGCCUAAACACUUAAACUGAGACUGAAGAUGAAAUUCUCUGUCGGGUCUGUUUUGGCAACUUUUUCACCAUAUUUUUCAAACAGUGAUUUGAAAAGCUUGAUUGCUGGAUUCGGAUGGCCAGUGGGCAGUUUCUGAUAUCCUUCCAAAGGGAUUUUGUUUUGUUUUUUUGUUUUUGUUUCUGUAAUCUUGGGAUAUGUGCCUUAAAAACAUCCACAUGCUUUUCGAGCUCUGUCUGUGCAAAUGUUUGAACUUAAUCUGACACUUGCGUGAUACUUUGGACUUCUGCUGAAAGUGUCUGUAUACUGAAAAAUGGAAAUACAAAAUAUUUCAAAAACACACUAACUAUUUAUAUUAUUCACAGUCUUGAUGCAAAAAUGUUAACCUGAGCAGUGAGCAGAUCUGAAUGUCUGUUGUUUACUGCAACACCUUUUCUGGGUAUUGUAUUCUGCUUUUUUUCUUUAUAUAAGAAAAAAAUAUAAGUGCAUUUAAAAGAGAAUCACGUCAAAUGCAAAUGAAAUGAGUAUCUGUGUGCAUUUGUGUUCGGCUGAAAAGCAUAAACUCCUUUCAUGGAGCUCAGUGUGGCAAUUCUUCCCUAUCUGUGUGAUAAAGGAGCAUGGACUUGUAAGUGCUUGUAUGAAAACACUGACUUUUAGAGGCAAAAGAUGACAUUUUUGGAAAGUCUCUCUCUCUCUCUCUCUCUCUCUCUCUCUCUGUGUGUGUUACAGAAUUAUCAUGUAGCCAUAUAAAUGAUUCAUUCAACAGUGUUUUCUCUGUGGGAUUUCUGCCAUGAAAAAACAUGUUAAGACACAAUAGCUGGUACUCUUAGCAGCAAUGAAGUUACAUAGAAAGACUGAUCCAAAACUGGCUCCCCUUACUCUCGUAGUUUUGGGUGGUUUGGAUCUAAACAAGAUUCUGGACUCACAGCAUCUUUAUUCUAUUUUUAACUCACCCAUUUAUAUAUGUGUGAUCUGAAAUUUGGGUGGGUAUUGAAAUGAUUCUUGUUUUGAAGGGGCUCUGAUUUGAAUUUGUCCCAGCAAAAGGGGAGCCCAAAGCCAAAAUGAUUCAACUCCUUUUUAGGUUUCUUUGUGUAUUCUUUGUAUGUAGGCAUCCAUAUAACAGCCUGUUUACACACUAAGUUUAAUUUUUCCAUAAAGCUGAUUUUAUCUCUACAUACAGGACAGCAAAGCAAGCCUAGCUAUAAACGACAGCAUCUGUCUGGUUGGUCUGAUGUUCCCUCAGUGUGGACUAUAGACAGAGGACCUCAGACAGCUAUAAAGACCAUUGAUCAUGGGUCCUAGACUUGGUUGUUUGUCUUUUGUAUGAGGACACAUUCCUGACACAUUGGGUUCUGAUUCAUGUCUGAAUAGAGCAACUUGUUCUGUUACAUUUCUCUUGAGUGUGAUUAUGAAUCUAUGACAGGUCACAAACCAGCCAGAAUAUUCCCACCAGUGGCAAGGCCUUUGGCUUGUCAAAACCCAACUACCUCCUCUGCUUAUUUUUAACUACAGAAUAUAGUGAUUUAUGAGAGUGGAACUCCAUGGAGGGUACCAGGAACAUCACAGUGCUAUAACAAGCAGUGUGAUUUGGUGUGUUCAGUUUAUCAGAGAUAUUUGUUUAAUUUUGUAGGGAAUGGCAUGUGACAGUCUAGAAGUGUUGGGCUCACUUUUGUCGUAAUAUAGAAUUGGACAGGUAAUAGCAGCGGAAUUGAGCAUGCAUUGCAAUAGGGAAUAUGUGGGUGUUUAUAUAACUGGUCCAGUGUCUUUAAUAUAAAACACCAGCUAUUUGUAGAGUGAAAUUAUGCAAAUUUAAACAGCUAUGUUUUGGUCAGAAAGCUGUGAGCUUGCCACUCAUAAUUAGACCAAGACAUCUGAGUAAAGUUAAAGAGCAGGUACAGUUAGGAAGGGUAGCCUUCUACCUUCACAAAUCUAAAAUCAAUUCUUUAGCAGUUAUUUAAUGCAUUGCAUGUAAUGAGAUUAUUCACAAGUCAUAAUGUCAUAACAAUUUUCUUUUCUUUUUUUUUUUGUAUGGGUUUUAAGGGAGCAUUCUGAGUCAUGUUUCAAGGACGGUCAUUCAUUUUCUCUGAAUGAAUAUUAUUAAAGCACAGCAUUAGUUUACUACCUA